AUGCUGCUUGUAAAAUUCUAUUAUUUUAUUGUGGCGCUCAAGGAUGUUUCGGUUAGGAUACCGCAGGCGGUUAAACGUGGCAGCAACGCCUUGUUCACUUGUAAUUAUGAUAUGGAAAACGAUACGCUUUAUUCGGUUAAAUGGUAUAAAGGCAAGCGUGAGUUUUAUCGCUACACACCCAAAGAGAAUCCGGCAAUGAAAGUGUUUGCCAUGACAAGUGGCCUCAAUGUUGAGCGCAACCUCUCGAAUCAAAGUCAUGUCGUGCUGCAGUCGGUGCCGCUGAAUAUUUCGGGCAAAUUUACAUGCGAAAUAUCUGUGGAGGCGCCCACAUUUCAAACAGCUAUGGUCUCCGGCGAAAUGGAGGUGGUGGAGUUACCGGAAGAGCACACAGUGGUUACCGGCAUACAGGCACGUUAUCGCAUUGGCGAUUUGGUCGACGGCAAUUGCUCAAUUAAAUACUCGAAACCGGCUGCUAAUUUGACAUGGACUAUUAAUGGUAUUGUGGUGCCACCGCAUCACAUCAAGACUUAUCAGAUUGAGAAACAAGAGAAUAGCACACUGGAAUCGGUGACAAGUGCCAUACACUUUAUGGUAACCACACAGCAUUUUCUCAAGGGUCAAAUGAGGCUGAAAUGCACGGCCAACAUAUUUGACAUAUUUAAAGAGGAAAUCGAGAGCAUUAUCGAAGAGGAUCGACCCAGAAUUAUGGCCUCGGGCCGAUCAUAUGAUAUCAACAAUUACCCAAUGGAAGAUCAUGGCAACAGGCAUGGCGAUCGGGAGCGGGGCGGCUAUGAGGAGCAUAAUGAGUCAUAUCUGACCUACUCAUCGACGGAUAACGGUGCGUCGGGCGCUUCGAGCGCUGCUCAGGCAAUCUUUUGGCGCGUUUGGUUAUUGAAGCUUAUGGAGGCGUUGCCAUUGCAGCACAUGGCAAAGCUGCACCGACACAUCAACAGGCAUCUGGCAAAGUGGGCGUGUCACUUUGAUGCGUACACCGCAUGGCUAAGCGUUGCACUCGCGCUGCCGCCCCUCUGCUGGCUGUGGAUGCGCCAUCAAAUUAACAACUGUCAAUAUGCCAGCGACAGUGCAGCGACGCAACAGACGGCUAGCGACGGCGACGGUGGCAGAGAUGGCAGCAACGAUGGUGACGGCGACGGCGACGGCGAAGUUGCCAAUGUGACAAUGUCAAAGACAGCGCCGAGUGAGAGCGACAAAUGCUUUUAUAAUUGUCAAAUGGCAUUGGCAACACUUUUGCAACGCAAUAAUGAUGAUUACGACGUUGAUGAUGAUGAUGAUGAUAUUGACGAUAUUGCUAACGCUGAUGUUGCUGCUACUGAUGAUGAUGAUGAUGAUGAUGAUGGCAAUUCUGGCGUUGAUUUAACUGCAGCUGCAGACCGAGCAACACUAAAGCGCCAACAUCAACAGCUGUCAGCGACACUUGCUAAAGUGGGCGCGGCCUCGCAGCCGGAUCAACGAUUAUUGAUGACAUGCCCAAAGCUAGCAGCGGCAGCGCCAUGCUGAUGCUAAAUUGAUGAUGAAAUGCAUUUCGAAAAGUAGCUUAAGGUGCUGCCAUGCGAACGAAUGGGCACAUUUCUCUUAACCAUAUUUGUUUCUUUCUCUUAUUUGUUUUUACACGCGCAAUAAUUAAUGUCACAAGCGGCAAACAGCAAAGCAAAACAAAAAUAAAAAAGGAAAUUUACAGUUCGCCCUGGCUAAAACGCACUUAAGACGUUGUGAAGCCAAUUUCGGGAGAAGCAAAACAAAGAAAAGCAAAGAGAAGCUUAAGUAUAUUAUAGUAUA